CUUUUUUUGGCUGCUAUGGUUUCCAUAUGACGAAAGGAAAUUGCUGCAAUUUUUGGCGACUUCAAAGUCCCACUUUAUUUUUCACUUUCCUCUGCUUUUGUGACACUUUCUUGAUCAUGUCACUCAGAAUCCCAUUCACAACUGUGGCACACAGCCCUUCUAAACCCGAGAUCGUACUCGCCAAUGGAAAAGAAUUCAUCGUUGUUAACACAAGAGACUGAUCGAUCAUACAAUUGACUAUAGCACCGGUGAAGCUGUUAAACCCAUUGCUGAAAAUGAUCGUAAACAGGAGUAUAACGAAUUGUACCGUAUAAUGACGUUCAACAAUGACGGCUCAUUGCUUGCAGCCACAGGCGAUGACAAGAAGAUCAAUGUAUACGAUACCUCGAACUGGACACUCAAGUAUUCAAGAGUGGCCAACAAGCGCGUCAAUGCGUUCCAAUUCAACAAUGCCUCGACUGAGAUUAUUUGUGCAGAUAAAUUUGGUGAUGUUUACUGCCAUCCUGCUAAGGGUGAUGAUGGAAAGGAAGAUGAAAAGCUGGCGCCCGUCGUGGGCCAUGUUUCCAUGGUGACAGAUAUGACUCUGUCAAAGGAUGAAAAGUUUAUUAUUACGUCUGAUCGAGAUGAACACAUUCGCGUGAGCAACUAUCCUAAUGGCUAUAACAUUGAAUCUUUCUGUCUUGGACACACUGACGUUGUGACCGACAUCCAGCUUUUACCCUGGGAUGAAUCUCUGCUGAUCUCUGCUGGUGGUGAUACCACUAUCCGUGUAUGGGACUUUUCGAAGGGAAAAGAACUUCAGAAUUUAUCUAUCAAAGAAUACAUUCAACCAUAUAUGGCGAAGGCUACCGAUGCUAACUCUGAAGAACCAAUGGUACGAAGACUUGUGAUUGAUGCAAACAAAAAGUUGAUUGCUAUUGUCUUCGCAAAAACGAGUGCUAUUGUGCUUUUGGAAUGGACCACCGAUAACAAGUUGGUCCAUAAGAGCACCCAGGAAGCUGGAUCCACAGUAUUGGACGCAUGCUUUGAUUCGCAAGGCAAAUUAUGGGUAUCGCUUGCUCCAGCUGAAGGAGACAAGGGCGAAUUGUUGGCGAUCUUUGAAGAAAAAGAAGGAAAGUAUGAGCGUUUGCCCGCUGACAAUGAACUUGUCAAGCAAGUCAACGCUAUUGAGACUGGUCUCGUGGAAAAACUUCCUGAUCUUUACACCAUCUUUGGUCUUCGGAAAUUGCUCGAUCUUCCUGACUUUGUUCAAACACCCCCGGAUAAGGCUCGCAACAAGAACAAGAAGCGAAAAGUUGCAGAAGAAUAAAGAAAACAAGCCUUCUUUUGAUAUUCAUUUUUGAUUAGAUAUGUGUAUGGUGAAUCAUUCUUGUUAUCGUUGAGUGAGAGACUGGGGAUGAGGGUGUUUUGGGAGAUACAAAUUUGGGAGAAAAACAGAACAAGUAUACUGAUUAGAUGGGAGGCGCGAUAUUAAG